GAUGAACAAAAUGAUUGUUUUUGUUUUGAUAUUGUUCGGGAAACAACUGUUCGCAUCAAUAAACCAAAUAUGUUCCGGCUUAUACAUAGGAUUGGACUCAUCAGAGGAUUAAGCACCCAAUCGGUUAAUCACCUGGUGGAUUCACUUGCCUCCACAAUCAGCGGUGUGGAACGUGAGACGCUGGAAAACAUGCUCAAGUCGAUCCCGCAACUAACACGAUAUGGUCCAGAUCUUUGGCAGCGGACCUACGGACUCAUAGCCCAAGAGGGUUUCGAAACGGCCAACUUCCUUUCCAUUGUAACCGGUUACCCGGAGGUACUAAUGCAUAACCCUGAUCGCCUCGCCGCCAGCUUGAGCUGCUGGCGAUCGUGUCAGUUUGGUGAUAAGCAGAUGCAGAUCCUACUGGCGGCCCACCCUCAUCUGCUGGAGUUAACUGACCAUAACCGGUUAGCUCAGCGAGUAGCUUUCCUGCAUUCGCACUUUGAAACGAGAAAGAACAUUUGGCGUUUGUUCCUGAACAGCCCGAAUCUGGUGGCGGAUAGUCAGGCGAAGAUACAAGCAAAAAUAGACUAUAUCCUGCAACGGAUGCGCAUCGAAGUGCUGGAAGUAGUGAAGUCUUGCGCCUUUUCAUCGGACUUGGAAACGAUCCAAUGUCGCCAUGUGUUUCUCGAGCGGUUGGGAUUGUUUAAACCUCGCAAAUUGAAAGCUACACCGAGUGAGCUGAGCAAUAAUCCUAAACUGCAUCAGAUAACGGACACCAGUGAUAAGCGGUUUGCGGUGAAAGUGGCUUACGUAACGUUGGAGGAAUUUGAAGUUUUUCAGGAAUUGUUCAGAAGGGAGCAGAAUGAGUCGCAGCAUGGUGAGGAUUUCGAUGGGAUCGAUGCUUCAGAGAACGAACACGACAAUGGUGGCGAGUUUGAUGAAAUUGGAGAACAGAAGAUGAGGAAACACAACUAUCGGAAGGAAUCGAAGAGUAGAUCUAUCUAGGAGGGAAGUUUAUAGUUAUCUAGAUGUUCUACAGUAGCCCGUAAUGAUUUACUUACACAACUUGUAUUAUAUUAGAUUCAUAUAUUCUGUCAUGAACGAAUCAAAAAUGUUGAAUGUCACUAUAAUACAGAAAAAAAUAUCA